AUGGAAGUUAAUUUGGAGGCAGUCAAAGAUGAUGGAAAUUCACAUAAAGAUGGUCGAAUCGAAGUGGAUAAAUCAUUGGUCGAAAUGCAAAUGGUACCAACUAGCAGCAGCAGCAAUAGUAGUAGUGCUGCUGCGGUGACGGCAAUAAAUCAAGGCGAUACAACGGCAACGACAGUUACAACAGGGCUAUCUUCAAAAGCUCUGAAGAGAUGUUUGAGUGUGCCAAUACCCCGAUCACAACCUCCUUCGAGGGAAGUUUCGCCUGUUCCAGUAUUUAAUAUAUUUGCACCACGCGGACGCAGAUAUUCGGCAAGUUAUAGUCCGGCCAGAGGAACAGGAUCUGGAGGAGGAUGUGGUGCUACAGGUACGGCAGGUAACAACAAUAAUGGAGGAGCAGGUGGUGGCGGUGGACAAUCAACUAGAUGUGUUACACCACGUAUUUCACAGCUACGGCAGGAAGAGUGUGUUGAUGGCUUAAAUUCCCGCGAAGUAAACCACGAACGAGAGGUACAUAGUGCCAUACAAAUAUCACAGAGCUGGGAAGAUUUGUCUUUGGUAGCAGAGAACUGGUCCUGCAAGUCAUCCGAUGAACUGACUAACCCCUUGCAAGUUGUUGUGGGCGGUGGUUCUAUGGCGAACAGUGGCAAUGGUGGUUGCUCCAGUCCAAGUCCAACAAAUAAUCGUGCCAAUUUACGUCUUCCCUAUGGUCUAUCGCCGUCUCCAACACGGCGUAAUACCUUUGCCACACGACGCUCUAUGUCUCCCAUAGCUAUAAGGCCAUCACAGUUGGGUCCAGUUAAAAGAAAAUUCGAAUUAGAUGACCAGCCAUCGUCGGCCGUCGGUAAUGCUACCUGGAAUUCACUGUACUCCCAGCCGCCAAGCAAGAAAAUGUUUUGUGAAAGUCGGGGGUCAUCACCCAUAUGCCAAUCACCAUCAAGUUCGGUGUGUCCCAGCCCAGACUCGGGCACCGGCACCUAUGAUGGGCGUAUAACACCAAAAUUAUUGAUUUCAAAAUUGUACACGCACAAUCAAAAUUCCUGCAUGAACCAAAAUAAUCCGAAUUCUGCCUGUUCUUCGCCAAUGUCUGCUUCAUCGUAUGGCGGUGAUGUGCUCGAACCCGGCUCGACGGUAACCGGCGGCAAUUCAUGCUCCUCAUCUUCUUCAUCAUCUUCCUCCUCCUCGUCGUCAUCGUCGUCGACUGUGUUGUCAACAGCAUCAAAUAAUAGUGAGCCCAUGUCGCUGGGCAGCAAUAGUUUGGAUGAAGGUAUUUCCAUUAAUGAAAAACUAUUGGGCGAAACCUUGCCACCCGUUAUACAGGAUGAAUCGACUCUAAUGGAUAUUAUAAAACCUCAUGCAACGGCAUUAGAUGAAUGUUGCAACAAAAUGAUAAUAGAAACUACAACAACUAAUUUGGAUGAUAAAAUGUAA